UUUGAGUGAAGGAGUAACAAACAUACACACACACACACACACAUACAAACUUUCGCCUUUAUAAUAUUAAGUGUGAUUCUUAAUACACAAAAAUAGACAAAUUACGUAAAUUAAAAAUAAUCACAUUGAGGACCGGUUAAGGGUAACUACUAACUACCAUGAUAUUAUUGAAGUGCCAUCGAGGUCGACUCCUUAACACAAGUUUAGUGCAAGUUAUACAUAUAAAUAUCAACUCAGUAGGUAGGUACAUGUCUUAGAUGCUGCACGUCCGGCUGAGGAAACUGCUGAUAAUCUUCAAACGGCUGAAACCGCAUUCGAAUCGGUCCAUGGGUUUGGGGGAAGCUGCGAUGCCACAGACAGACAUAGAUACACAAAUACAGUAAGGCCACCCGCCCACGUCACUUUUUGUAGGCUCCGAUAAUAAUCGGGCCGAUGUAAUCGUAGAAAAUUGUAGACCGCCCUUAUUGUAGAACCUAUGCGUUUCAAUAUCGCAAUCUGCAUGUUUAAUUUUUCGCCGACAAAAAGUCAGUCACCGAUUAUAUCGGCCGCGGCCGCCGCGCGCGCGGAACGCCUCCGACCACUUAACAUCUCUUUUUUGAAUCGAAGGUUAAUAAACGGACAGAUUUAUAAUUAAAGCGAUCACAGCGUCACCCGCAGGCCGCAAGCCACGCGACGAUAGCUUCUAAUGUUGGCUACAGGAGUGGAUUCCGAUUAUUUUCAUGUGACAUAUUCACAAUCUGUGAACUACAAAGUUGCACAGCGUCUACCUACUACCUACCUACUCGCGAACAAUAAAACUGUCGCUGCUAAAUAGAUAACUAAUGAAGUUUCCCACGCAUCAGUCCGCGCACGCCGCGCGUCCGCGUCGCGCGUCGCGCGUCGCCUACUCUCCAGCCACAGAACUACAAACAGUGAGAUACAAAACGUCUGAACCACGGUUCCAAUUACAAUAACAAAUGAAAUAAUGUGUGCAGUACUUAAUUUAAUUGUACGAACUACGCAACUGUUUGACGCGACGAGUGGCCUCACUGCGCACACAUUUCGAAUUUGGCGAAAAUUCGUAACAUGGCAAAUCUUCUAACCAGUUGCCGUGUAGCCGCCACAUUCGAAAUUCCGCGAAUGUUUUACACUUUAAGGUCUGGCCGCUUGAGCCUUGAAUCUGCAGAUCCUAGCGAGCUGCCGGAUCCUAGCGAGCUGCCGGAUCCUAGCGAGCUGCCGGAUCCUAGCGAGCUGCCGGAUCCUAGCGAGCUGCCGGAUCCUAGCGAGCUGCCGGAUCCUAGCGAGCUGCCGGAUCCUAGCGAGCUGCCGGAUCCUAGCGAGCUGCCGGAUCCUAGCGAGCUGCCGGAUCCUAGCGAGCUGCCGGAUCCUAGCGAGCUGCCGGAUCCUAGCGAGCUGCCGGAUCCUAGCGAGCUGCCGGAUCCUAGCGAGCUGCCGGAUCCUAGCGAGCUGCCGGAUCCUAGCGAGCUGCCGGAUCCUAGCGAGCUGCCGGAUCCUAGCGAGCUGCCGGAUCCUAGCGAGCUGCCGGAUCCUAGCGAGCUGCCGGAUCCUAGCGAGCUGCCGGAUCCUAGCGAGCUGCCGGAUCCUAGCGAGCUGCCGGAUCCUAGCGAGCUGCCGGAUCCUAGCGAGCUGCCGGAUCCUAGCGAGCUGCCGGAUCCUAGCGAGCUGCCGGAUCCUAGCGAGCUGCCGGAUCCUAGCGAGCUGCCGGAUCCUAGCGAGCUGCCGGAUCCUAGCGAGCUGCCGGAUCCUAGCGAGCUGCCGGAUCCUAGCGAGCUGCCGGAUCCUAGCGAGCUGCCGGAUCCUAGCGAGCUGCCGGAUCCUAGCGAGCUGCCGGAUCCUAGCGAGCUGCCGGAUCCUAGCGAGCUGCCGGAUCCUAGCGAGCUGCCGGAUCCUAGCGAGCUGCCGGAUCCUAGAGUCAUUUCCUUUGAUGUAAUCAACACGAAUAUUUGGCAAAUGCUUUGCGUUCAUAUCAAAUCAUACGUUUGAAUUUGAAGCCGGCCACACCAACGAAUCUUUGCCGAAGAUUUGUCGAAUGUUCGCCAAUGGAGCCACGCCCUAACAUCGAGGAGUCCCCAGUGGACAGUAUACGUGCUCAGUUACGGUCUUAUCGGUCUUCUAUAGGAUACAGAUCACCAUCAUCAGCCUGUGGACGUAGGCCUUCUCUGAAGAGCGCCAUCACACUCAGUUCCCACUAGCAGCCUCUUUAUAUCGUCGGCCUAUCGUGCCGGAACACGUCCCACAUUGUACGCAGGCGAGGCCUGCCCGCUCUGCUAGUCUGUGAGCUCGCUUCUCUUGCGUCGUACAUGCCCUGUAGUUGAAGUUCGUUAUCGGCUUCAAGCGUGCAGUUCGUCGGCCACUAACGGCUGCGAGCGGUGCACGCCUGAAGCCUAGAGUUAGGUCAUACAGUGAAAGUGUCAGAUUGUAAAUGCUCGUUCGCUUGU